CUCACACUCCCAAAACUUCAAAAUUUAAAAUUUUAGCAUCAAAAUGAUAAAACCCUAAACAGAGGAGGGCGGAGGAGGAGGAGGAGGAUGGGUUCGGUCUUGCUGCUGGUGCUGCUGUGCUUGACCGCUGCUGGCGCUGAGGAUGAGAAGGCGGCGGCGACGAUGUUGACGAGGAGGAGGCCCGGGUUCCUCUACACUAGAACCUCUGGCCGGUGCUCUCCCCAGCACUGGACCAGUGGAAGAGAGGCGUGGCCUAAUAUCAUCCCUCAAGAAUCAUCGGUUGCCAAAGUUUUUGGGUCGAGGGUGUUAGAAAGAUACGAGCCAGGGCUCACGAUGUGGGAAGCGACGCAGAGGAAUGAUGAUAUUUGCGGGAGCGCUUUCUCCAAGCUAGUGAAGCAAUCGAGCGUUGCGCUUCUCAAUGCCUACACGAGGCCAGGGUUUCCUUACGGUGCUUGGGAGGUGAAGAGCCUGCUCUUAGAAGCUCUCGUCUCCGAGGGUGCAGCUGAGUCCCAAGCCAAGAGUUUCGAACAAGCCAACCAAGCUUGCAGUUAGCUAAGCUCUCUUUACUCAAGAUCCCUCUGAAACUAUAUGCGGCGUAGUCCUGGUUGUCAAACUAUUUACGUUUUGUUGAAAUUAUGGUCUUUCUAGAAGUCAGUGUUUUCAGUUGAAGUUACUUUGCUGAUGAUUCUUGCAUUGUAGGUUUUCUUUUAUAAAUUGUUUUCUGACAUCUGAAUAUCUGGCUAUGGUUAGAACUUAGAAGUUGUAAUCUUAAAUGUUUUCUAAUUUUUGCAGUCCAAGCUUCUCAUU